AUGGAGUCCGUUGCCUCUACUUCGUCGUCCCCACCGGACGGUCCCCGUCUUCACCUUCAUCGGUUCAAGCCCUCCCAAGCUGUGGCUGACCGGAUUAUUCGAGCUCUCCACCAUCACCUCCACCUCCUUUACCGCUCCAAUUCUAACUUCUUUGUGUUGGGAGCCACAGGCAAUGUUUACAUCGUGACUCUAUCCUCCACCCCCUCGUGUACUUGUCCCGAUCGUAUUACCCCAUGCAAACACAUACUAUUUAUCUACAUUCGAGCCUUGGGCUUGUCGCUUGACGACGUAUGUCUUCGGAGGAGAACACUUCGACCUUGCCAGUUGAAUCGUUUGCUUGCUGCACCUAUAAUGUUAGAAUCACUUGCAGAGAUUGGCAUACGUAGAAUAUUUCAUCAACAAUUCUUUCAGGUAAAAGAAAGAGGUUCUUCUGCAAAUGUUGUGGAAGAAGGGACUGCAUGUCCUGUUUGUUUGGAUGAUAUGAAGAAGAACGACCGUGUUGUAGCUUGUUCGACGUGUCGAAAUCUUGUUCAUGAAGAUUGUUUCUCAAGGUGCACAUCAUUGAUGGUCAUGGCGACGAAGGAAGAAGCCGGGUUCUUGGAAAUGGUAAGGUUGUCGAUUGUUUUAUCCUUCUCGAUCGUGUUGUGGCCUUCCCUUAACCAGGAUUUGGGAACUGAAACCAAAAGCGAGGAAGAAGAUGAAGACAAGAUAAUGAAGAAAAGCAUCCAUGAUUUUGAAGGAGUUUUUUCGAUCAUUAAUGUCUAA